AUGACGGACAAGCUCCCCCCUCCACUUCUGGCGCUCUUUCAGCCUCGUCCGCCUCUGCGUUAUGUCACGCCCAUCGAACGUGCCCCAGAAGAUUGCAAGAAAAGUAGCAUCGGCGGCAUUGCGCAGUUCCUGCCUGAGGUGAAGAAAUAUGAAGAAGAGCUUCCGUACACGCCCACGGAAAGCUGGAUCCAGCGCAAAUUGCGCCAGAAGGUUGAGAAAAAGGAGAACUUGGAGAAACAACUGACGGAGGGGCUUGAGACUUUUGACCCGUCCAACGACCAACAAGCACGAGGCGAUCCGUUCAAGACGCUCUUUGUCGCUCGUCUGAGCUACGAUGUCAAGGAAUCAGACCUGGAACGGGAGUUUGGCCGGUUCGGGCCUAUUGAACGGAUUCGCAUCGUGAAAGACACCGUGACGCCAAAGGGCUCGAAGAAAUCACACAAGGGAUAUGCUUUUAUUGUGUAUGAGCGCGAAAAGGACAUGAAAGCUGCCUACAAAGAGACGGAUGGUAUCCGCAUCAAGGACCGCCGUGUUCUGGUAGAUGUGGAGCGCGGUCGUACGGUCAAGGGAUGGAAGCCCCGGCGCUUUGGCGGUGGCCUUGGCGGUCGUGGUUACACCAAGGCUUUGCCCUCACGGCCUAUCGGCCCCGGCUCAUUUAACGCCCCGUCUGGUCCUGGUGGCUAUGGAGGUGGAUUCCGGGGUGGUUUCGGAGGUGGCCGAGGUGGUUUCAAGGGAGGUUUCCGUAAUGACCGUGGCUUUGGAGGACCCCGGGGCGGUAUCGGAUACCAGGGAGGUCGUAACGGAUUCGGUGGUCAAGCUCCCCCCAACGCUCCCUCUGGACCAGGAGGCGGACGGAACGCAGGGUUUGGUGGACCUGGUGGUCCCGGUGGUCCUGGCGGUCCCCCCGGUGGCCCUGGUGGCAGAUUUGAUCGUGAACCCCGAGGUGCUACCGGCAGCAACCGUGAACCCAUCAGGCCCCGGGAAGGCUUUGGUGACCGUGAUCGGCGAGACCGCGACCGCGACCGUGACAGUGACCGUCACAGAGACCGUGAUAGGGGGGAUAGUUAUCGCUAUCGGGACCGUGACCGUGAACGCGACCGUGAUCGUGACAGGUACGGAGGUCGGGGAGACGACUACGGGAGGAAGAGAUACCACGAAGAUGACUCGUAUGAUGACCCCCGAGCCAAGAGAAGAUACUGA